AUGGAUAGAAGAAAUGCUACACUCUAUUUUUCUUUACUAGCUAAUAUCAUUUUCGCUUUUACCAUUUACUUCACUUUAUUUCAGGCUGUAAAUAAAAGGAUGACCAUGAUGCAAGAACCAUUUCUUGGUAAUACAUCAACUUUUAUUCCAUCAGUGAAGGGUCACAGUUUGAAUGUAUCUACAAAUCUUCCACCCACUACCAAGUCCAUAAAUUUUACACCGGUUAAACUACGCUUUAUGAAAGACAGCCCUGCCGCUAAACCUUGCAAAGGCAAUAUAUUCAUGUUAUUGAUGAUAAAUAGCGCUCCUAGAAAUUACGAACGUAGAUCUUCUAUUCGAGAGACAUGGGGUAAAGCUGAUAUUAUACGAAGUGCCCUUGGAAAUUAUGUUUGGCGAACUAUAUUCAUCAUUGGUGAUGGCCAUAGUAAAAAAGUGAAUGAUGAAAUGAAUCAAGAAGCAUUAAAAUAUGGCGAUAUGAUUUUAGCUGAUUUUGGCGAUGAUUUUCGUAAUUUAACUUAUAAGACCGUGUUGGGUAUGGAAUGGGCGAAUGCUUAUUGUAAUGUAGCUAAAUACUUUUAUAAAGGAGACGACGAUGUAAUGCUAAAUCCAUUUACUCUAUUUCCUAAAUUGGUAUUUAUGGAAGGUAAAAAAUUAUUCAUGGGUAAUAUCAUGUCUGGUUCUGAAGUGGUUCGAGUAAAAAAUAGUCGAUACUACGUUAGUAAGGAAGAUGUAGCUUCGUCGGUUUAUUCUGAUUAUUGUUCGGGUUUUGCGUAUGUUAUUUCGAUGGAUGUAUUACAAGCUAUGGUAGCAGUCGUACCAAAAAUUCGAAAGAUACCUAUUGAUGAUGCAUAUGUUGGUAUGUUAGCAAAGGAAGUCAAGAUUCCAGUUCAUUGGGAUCGAGGUUUUAAGCCAUUUGGGCCGAUUCCAUCCAAAAAAUGUGAAUAUAAUACUGUUAUUGCUGUUCACGGUAUUUUGCCUACUAAGCAAAAAUCAAUGAUGAUUGAAGCACGUAAAGCAUUUUUAACUUGUUAG